CCCAACAUCUGCAUAGACGAGUGGAAGAAAGUAGUACCGUCUCUUAGCCUCUUGCUUUGCUAAUCUCCUCGACUAAAUCUCGAUGAAAAGAAGCUAGAAAACAUGAAAGGUGUGAAGAGUUUGAUCAUGUGUGUGCUGGUGCUAGGCUUAGUCCUGCAGCAAGAGACGAUCAAGGUGGGAGCAAAGAGCUGCUGCCCAACCACCACGGCAAGAAACAUCUAUAAUGCAUGCCGUUUUGCGCAUGGCACAAGGGAAAGAUGUUCUAAACUCUCUGGCUGUAAAAUUGUUGAUGGGAAAUGCAAGCCACCUUACAUUCACCACACCCUUCACCCUGAGUCUGAGGAAUUGGAUGUACUUGACUUCUGUAUGCUGGGAUGUACUUCAUCCGUGUGCAGCAACAUAAACACUUUUGCUGGCAACGAAGAAGGGAACGGUGCUGUGGAACGUUGCAACGAAGCAUGCUACCACUUCUGCAACAAGGAAGCUGAUAUUGUCACUAUCGUUUCCUAAACAACUGCAUCAUGCAAGCAUAAGGGACUUGAAUUCGCACUUUGAAUCCCCUGCAAGGCUAUAUAUGCUGCCCUGGAGUAGUCAUAAAUAAGUUGGAUAUCAUGAUAUCCAAACCAGUGUGCCGGCCAUCUCUCAUGUUUGUUUACGACACUUUGUAUUUCUAAUAAGCUUAUAAGCCAUGAUAUAUAAUCGCAUUCUACCAUCUUCUAUUAAGGAUGCAUGUGAGGAUAUGCAGAGUGAUGACACCUUUGCUAAUAAAUAAAUAUAAUCGAGUUUCUAGUUGCAUCA